AUGGAGCCGGGGCUGGAGCGCUGGGCGCACGGCGCGCUGUGGGCGGCUCUGGCCGGCAGCCUGGCGCUGCGGGCGGCGCGGCGGGCGCCGGGGCCGGGCCGGGGGCUGGGGCCGCCGCUGGGCCGGGGGCUGGUGCUGCCGCUGGCGCUGCUGGCCGCGCUGCAGAGCCUGUGCCGCGCCUGGCUGCCGCUGCCCCUGGGGCUGGCCCUGGCCGCCGCCGCCGCCGGGCUGCUGCUGUGGCGGGCGGCGCCCCGCGGGCUGCUGCCGGUGGCGGGCAGAGCCGUCCUUGUCACAGGAUGUGACUCGGGCUUUGGGCAGGCAACAGCCAGGCACUUGGACAUCAUGGGCUUUCGGGUGUUUGCCAGCGUGCUGGACCUGCAGAGUCCUGGUGCCCAGGAGCUGCGCCAGAGCUGCUCAUCGAGGCUGACGCUGCUGCAGAUGGACCUGACCAAGACAGAGGACAUCCAGCGCGUCCUGCAGCAUAUCCAGGCCCACACCAACAGCACAGGACUCUGGGGCCUGGUGAACAACGCUGGGUUCAAUGACACCAUCGCCGACGCUGAGCUCUCGCCGCUGGGCAAGUUCCGCACCUGCAUGGAGGUGAACUUCUUUGGCUCCCUGGAGCUCACCAAGGGGCUGCUGCCCCUGCUCCGCUCUGCUGGCGGCCGCAUUGUCACCGUGAGCAGCCCUGCAGGUGACAUGCCCUUCCCCUGCCUGGCAGCCUAUGGGGCCUCAAAGGCAGCCCUCAGCCUGGUCAUGGACACCUUCCGCAGCGAGCUCCAGCCCUGGGGCAUCAAAGUCAGCCUCAUCCUGCCUGGAUACUACAAAACAGGGACAACGUGUGACCCUGCCUUCUGGAACCUGCACAAGCAGCAGCUGUUGGCCAGCCUGCCCCAGGAGCUGCUGCAGGCCUAUGGUGAGGAGUAUGUGGAGGAGAUCAACCAGCAGUUCAUCCAGUUCAUGAAGGUGGCAGUGGAGGACCUCAGCGCGGUGGUGAACAGCAUCACAGAGGGGCUUCUGGCUGCCAACCCAGCCGUGCGCUACUACCCAGGGCAGGGCCUUGGGAUCAUGUAUUUCAUACACCGCUACCUGCCCUACUUUGUCCGAGACUUGUUCUUGAAAGGAUUCUUCAUCAACCCCAAGCUGCCCCGAGCCCUGCGGCGAGAGCACCACAAGGAUGUGAAGAAGGCCUGACCUGGGCCUGCCCAGGGCCUUCUCCAGGGCUCUGCAGGCCCCUGAGCGCGUGCAGAGCCAAAGGCACCGCCCUCCUGCACCCUGGGGGAACAAUCAGCACUAGACGUUUAAAACCAAAUUUCUUUCCAAAAUCAGGUAGAUCUAUUUUCUAUUGUGCAAGAAUCAACAUUUUCUAGAGACCUUGGUUUUGUAUUUUUUCUAACCAUGUACCGUCCAAGAGGCCCAUCCCCGCCUGACGCAGCAGCUCUGCACCACAGGCUGGGAUGUACCUCCUCAGCUACCACCACCUUCCUUACUGCUCUCAGAGCUGUUUGUCUCCAUCCCCUCUUGGCUGGGUCAGGGCUGGGACCCUGUGGCCGCUGCCUCCCUGCCACUCAUUACACACUCCACACGCUCCUGACGAGUGCAGGGGCCAAGAACAGGCUGCCAGUGCUGCAGAGCUCUUCAUGAGAUGAACUAUGUGAUUGUCACUUUUUAAAUAAAUCCAUUCUUGAUAUUCCAGCAGGCUCUGGCUGUCUCCUUCCACAGUGCAGUGCUGCAGUGCUGCUCAGGGAUGCCCAGCCUGUGGGCAGAGCUAAGCUGGUCAUGGCUGGCACCGCGCUGAGCACUGUGGCAGGAGCCUCACAUGCAGCAGCAGGUGCCACAGGUACUCCCAGAAAAGGGCUCAGCCUGCCAGGAGGGAUUUGUGCCUGUUCCCUGCUCCUCCCCAGCCCUGUGCCAAAAGCUUUCUUUUGCUUUGCUCCGACUCUGUGGCCCUGCUGGGGCAAGGAUGGCAGCGGUGACAGUGGCCCAUGUGGACAGCCCCAGGCACCAGGGACAAACCAUGCAGCUCCCUCACCUUAUGGACCAUUCCCAUAAGGCUGCAC